UUAUCUCACUCUCAUUUUGUGCCCAAAAGACCUAGAGGCUGCUAAGAGGGGUCUGGUUGCCAUGGGGGAUAUUGUUUUGACUAGAGUUCUGCCUGGUGGUUCUAUAAACACUGGUGUUCUUAGUGUCUCAAAUCGAUCUGAUGUCGAACGCAUGCCUACAAUUGAAGAGGGACAUAAUUCAGCAGUGCUGGAGGCAAGAGAUGCUCGUCAAGAAGGCCUCAUCCAUCGUUUCUACUUUCAAAGGAGGGCGGAUGGAACCAAACAAACUCUAACAGGCAUGAAGCAAUUCUUUGACCUUCAUGGAUUGCAAGCUAAGGAUCGAAUUAAAAUCUAUCUUGUGCAAAAAGAAGUUAAGUUGUUUGGAAGAGUCAUUCGUCCCGCACUUUAUUCAAUUGAUUUUGAGAGGAGGCUCUAGUCUAAGUAAAUAGGUUGUAAAAAAAGAACACUUGAAUAUGAAAUAAUCUUCAUCUAGAGGUUUGGCUCUUUUUUUUUUUUCUUUUCUUUUCUGAAAAUAAGCUACUUUGAUCGGAAUCAUUUUGUUAUUCCGUGUGCAUGCAGAAUAUUGUUUCUAUUAGAGUGGCCUUGGUGUUAAUUUUUUUUUUUUUUUGAGGAAUUGGUGUUGGUUUUGUGUACAUGCUUUCUGAUGAUAAGUAAAAGAAGAAAAAAGGGGCCUAGGUGCAUGAUCGAUAAAAUGGUCGGUCCUGU